AUGUAUUCAACGGACUACAGGUGGCGCGCCGUCACGCUCCACUACGUCUACUCUGUCCCGUGCGAAAUCGUCGGACGAGUGCUCGCUGUAUCUGGCCGCGCAGUGCGGAGAUGGUACGCCCAGUUCAAGUCAACCGGGCAUGUUCUGGCCAAGACACCCGAAGAGCGCCCUGUAUUCUUACCAGCGGUGGUCACGUACGUCUCGGAGUACGUAAAGGAGCACCCAUGCCUCUACGUGGAGGAACUGCUGGAGGAAGUCAAGCGCCGUUUUCCGGAUCAGCAAAAGGGUUUGUGUAACGGGGUUACACGCACAAGUGGCUACAGUCACUUGUAA